AUGAUGCUCGCCCUUCCUUCGAUGUCGCGACGGAUGCGUCGUUUCGAGCGUCACCAGCGUGCCAUCCAAGCAGCAGGUGGCCGCCACCAGGGCGCGGGGCGGUCGCGUGGUGGUCGCGACGCGGCUGCCCUCUACCCUGAUGAAGAUGAUCUACUAGAAGAGGAGCUGAGAGCGGAGGAAGAGGAGGACUUUGUGGCUGGUCGAUCGACAGCUUGUGUCGAUAGGCUGUGGCAUACAGAAACGUCGCUCUCCUCCGCUCUUCCACUCGUCGCCCUACCGCCUCUACUCAAUGAAAGGGACGUUGCGGUGAAUGGGCAGGAGAGGACCUCGUCGACACCGAGAUCGUCAGUCGAUUCGCUCGACGAGGACCAUCACGUCGUGACGAACGACUUUGUUUCGGACGUCUACACCAAUAUGUCAAGAUCCUCCAAAUCCGAGCUGAUCCCAUCGAUCAUCCGGCAACUCUCGAUGAAAAGCCCCAAGCUGUUCCGACCGAAUCGUGCGAAACAGCAACAACAUGAAGCGGUGGUGCUGUCCAAUCCGACGACGGGUAGGAGUGAGGGCGGCAAAAACGACGGAAACGGGAUGGACCGGAUACGGGCCGGACAAAAAUGCUCAAUCUCCGAGAUGGAACCCCUGACGGGACCUAUCACGCUGAGCGAGGGCGUGCAAAACACGAGCUUCUCCCGGUCGACCACUGUAAAUAGCGAACUACUCGGCUCACCGGAGAAUUUCGAUGAAGAAGUCCGACUCCCAUUUAUCAUCGAGAACAAGACGGCCAAACCCGAUGCCAGCACGUCGGAUGAGAGCCAGCCAACCGUCACGUUCUCGAUGACGGUUCGAGCCAAGGCCGCCUCACCCAGCCAGCCCGAAGAAGAUACAAGGCUCAAGGAAUGCUGGGAUGAGGGCCGGCGGCGCAGUGAGGAUAUCGUCCGGAUAUUGACGCGAAACGCGCAUGCUGAAAAAAGGGAGCCCCCGCCUCGGCUUCCCCGACUCGACUCGAUGUUGAGCACGUCGGAGAAGAGCCGGAAUGACUCGCUGAAAUCGGUGGACUCCCGGAAUCAGUCCGUAAAAAAGAAAAGCAACAGCGGUCUGGCGCAUCGGCUGGUGAAAAGGACGAUCAAACACGAGCAGAGCCUCAAGAGAAAGGUGUCGAAAAACCAGCGAAAAGAGAAGCGAGCGACAAAGACGUUGGGUAUCGUGGUGGGGAUAUUCCUCGUCUGCUGGGUCCCAUUCUUCACGAUCAAUAUUCUGAAUGCCGUCUGUGAUGUGCUCAACAAACAAUCCUGCCAGGUGGGUUUCGGGCCAUUCUUCUACUCGACGUGGAUCGGCUAUAUGAACUCGUUCAUGAACCCGAUCAUCUACACGAUUUUUAACACCGAAUUCCGGCGCGCGUUCAAGUCGUUGAUUUUUGGGCGCAACGCCCGCCACGCCUUCAAUCGCAGCAAUCGGGCGCAUUUA